AAUAUAAACAAAGAGUGACAUCAUCUGUUUACUUGCUCCCAGACCCGACUGCGAGGAUAAACAGCCGCUAUUCCGCGUCUCCAAAUGGCGACAGACAUGGAAAGACUGGCUUCUUUCGAGGAGGCCUACUACGAUCAGUACGACUACUACAACCUGCACGAAUACUCCUGCCACGCCGGCGGCAAGGGCAGAACCAAGAGGGAGAUCGAGCUGAACACGAACCGCCAUUGCCCCGCUGGACACGAGAGGAAGAUCGCUGAAAAAUAUCACAACAGCCAAAUGAAGCGCAGAAGAACCAAGAGCGCGUCCUCGUGAUGCCAUUAGUUGUUUGUUUUUCCUGGAUAUUUAUAGAUCAGUUGGAUUUCUCGUGUUGACCAUGGCCAGGAGUCUCUGCCUUUCCUGAUCCAGCAAAUGGAGGUUGUGACAUUGAGGGCAUAGCCAUUCAUCAGUCAGGAGACAGCGCUCCACUCCUAACCUGCCCUGUAACAGGAGCCACCCCUCUCAUGUUACAUCUGUGCAACAAUAUUUAGUGUUGAGCUAUAUAGGUCAGUUGUGUGCUUGAUUAACUUUGCUGUAUAAAUAUGGCCAUGUCUGUGGGUGAAGAUGGUACUACACUGUAUUUAAAUUAAAUAAAAUGUCUCAAUUUUAAA